AUGGAGCUAGCCGGUUUAAGCUUCCUUAAACUCUCUUUCCUCCUCAGCCUCCUCUCCAGCGGUUCAGACUUCCUAAACCCAAUUUCCGAACCGGGUCUCGUCGGUAAGUUCCCGCCUUCCUGUAACAGAAUCGAAUGCCCAAAUUACGAUGUGGUUCACGCGGGAAACGGUUACGAGAUUCGCCGGUACGAUACAACGGUCUGGAUUUCCACUCAACCGAUUCAAGACAUCUCUCUUGUCGAUGCUACAAGAACAGCUUUCUUCCAGUUGUUUAACUACAUACAAGGGAAGAACAAGUAUCAUCAGAAGAUAGAGAUGACAGCUCCAGUGAUCAGUCAAGUCUCACCAAGCGACGGUCCAUUCUGUGAAUCAUCCUUCACAGUAUCCUUCUACGUUCCCAAAAAGAAUCAGCCUGAUCCAGCUCCAGCAGAGAAUCUCCACAUCCAGAAAUGGACACCUAGGUACGUGGCAGUGAGACAGUUCAGUGGCUUCGUCUCUGAUUCCACCGUCGGAGAAGAAGCUGCUGCGCUGUCUGCUAGUCUUGAAGGCACAGCUUGGGCUAAUGCUAUAGAGAAAAGCAAAGAAGAAGGUGGUGUUGGAGCUGAUUCAGCUUACAUUGUGGCUCAGUAUAACUCACCGUUUGAGUUCACUGGUCGUGUUAAUGAGAUUUGGUUACCGUUUCAAAUGGAUGAUUAA